AUGCGGGCUGAUGCCGUCUUCAGUGAUGCUGUGGUAGAGGAGUGCAUACAGAUGAUGCCGACCACACUCGAACAACUCUGUCAAGUACAGGGUCUUGGCGAGUUCCGAGUAGAGGCCUAUGGCCCUGCCAUUUUGGAGGCUUUGGCGGGCUUGUCUGAAGAUCCGCAACCAACACGAUUCGAUAGUGACGAUACCGAGUCGCGGACAGCUUUAGAUAUGCCCUCUCUCGGGAAAGAGAGCCGUGCGAUACCUGAUUGUAGGACUGUCACCGGGCAGCAGGAAGUACAAUGCGCCACUCGAAUAGGACAGUCCCAUGUUCGUUCGGAAAGAGAUAACUCGGGAAAGAGCAAGAGGUCGGAGCUCUUUGCCUUCCAGGAUGUUGCUCUGGCAGCGUGGCGGAGCGACUCCGGCGGUAGUUUUUUCCCUAACAGGGAACUGCUUUCGAACAGGCAGCUAGAGCCUUCACCCUUACCGAUGCGAGCUGAAGCAGUUACCCCAGCAGAGGGUGCGCCGAAACGCAGAGUGGGCUUCUAUGAUCACUUAUUCGAUGGACUCUUUUAG